AUGGGAAGGUUAGCCAUCGCUGUGCCGGUGAUGCUUCUGCUGCUGUGCGCAACGUGCAGACUGACGCUCGGAAUCACUGAUGGUCUGCUCCCGAACGGCAACUUCGAGCGGGGGCCGGCGCCGUCGCAGCUGCGUGGGACGCGGGUGGUGGGCGCGUCGGCGAUCCCGUCGUGGAAGACGUCGGGGUUCGUGGAGUACAUCCCGUCGGGGCAGAAGCAGGGGGACAUGGUGCUGGUGGUGCCUGAGGGCGCCUACGCCGUGCGGCUCGGCAACGAGGCGUCCAUCCGGCAGCGGCUCCGGGGCGCCGCCCGCGGCGCGCGCUACUCGCUCACGUUCAGCGCGGCGCGGACGUGCGCGCAGGCGGAGCAGCUGAACGUGUCGGCGUCGGGGCAGUCGAGCCUGCUGGCCAUGCAGACCAUGUACAGCAGCAACGGCUGGGACUCGUACGCCUGGGCCUGGGUCGCCGACGCCGACGAGGUGGAGGUCGUCAUCCACAACCCCGGCGUCACCGAGGACCCCGCCUGCGGUCCGCUCAUCGACUCCGUCGCCAUCAAGACGCUCAACCGCCUCGCCGCACCAACAAACCUGGUGAAGAACGGCGACUUCGAGGAGGGCCCGUACAUCAUCCCGGGGACCAAGUGGGGCGUGCUGAUCCCGUCGCGGGUGGUGGACGACCACUCGCCGCUUCCCGGGUGGAUGGUGGAGUCGCUCAAGGCCAUCAAGUACAUCGACGGCGACAGCUUCGCGGUGCCCCGGGGGCGGCGCGCCGUGGAGCUGCUGGCUGGGAGAGAGAGCGCCAUCGCGCAGGUGAUCCGCACCGUGCCGGGGCGGCAGUACGCGCUGUCCUUCACGGUCGGCGACGCCAGCAACGCCUGCCGGGGGUCGCUCAUGGUGGAGGCCUACGCGGGCCGGGAGUCCACCAAGGUGGCGUACGAGUCGGCGGGGAAGGGCGGCGUGAAGCGCGCCGUGCUGCCGUUCCGCGCCGCGUCCGCGCGCACCAGGCUCGUCUUCUUUAGCUCCUUCUACAGCACCAGGAGCGACGACCUCAGCUCGCUCUGCGGGCCCGUGCUCGACGACGUCGCCGUCGUCAGCGUGCGCACCAAUAAGCGCGGCUAG